AUGAAUAAAGAAUUACUUGAUGAUAAUAACUACGAUGAUGAAGAGGACGUUGACUAUACACCAGAAAGUGAAAACGAAGAAGAUAUUAUAGAUAAAGAAGUAAAUUUAGAAGUUUUAGAGAUAAAAACAUUUGAAAAUAAAAGUGAAAACAAUGAUGAAGAAAAAAAAUCUGAAGAUGAAGAUGAUGAAGAGGUAUACAAACAAUUAUUGGAGGCAGGAAAUAUAAAGUGCCAAGUGACAACAGAUUUUACUAAAAGUUCUACUGCAUCAAAAAUAAUAAAUACUAAAAUCAAUUCAAUUCCAAUUAAAAGAUCAGCAAAAAGCAGUGGCCUUCUAGAUAUUGCCGAUUCAACAAAAAAGAAGAAGACAACUUCUCUCUCACAAUGUACUGAAUCAUGGAAGAAGUACGUUACAAGUAAAGGUAUAGCAGAAGAACUAGUUAGUUUUAAUAAAGGAAAAAAUGGAUUUUUGGCAAGGCAGGAUUUUUUAGCUAAAACAGAUCUCAGACAAUUUGAAAAGGAAAAAGAAGCCAGGAAUGCAUUAAGAAAAUCAAAACAAUAA